CCCCCAACGUGCGCGCGUGCGUGCGGGCGCGGGCUUGUUGGAAGUGAAAGGCACCGUGACUGCGUGGACUCUGGUCUUUCGGGCUGCAUGAACUGAGAGAACGCUCUUCAAACUUUUCGCAACUUGUUCGAACUAUGGAUCCAAGUAUGCUCAUGUCUGUCGUGGUAGCUGCGUGUGUAGUGGUUCUAAGUGUGCUGUACUUCUUAAUGAGCGGCUCUUCAAACAAGAAAUUACCCGUCACCUUGCUCGAUCCCGUGGUUAAAUAUCCUCUACAGCUCAUAGAUAAACAGGAAAUUAGUCAUGACACAAAGAAAUUUCGGUUUGGCCUUCCAUCUUCAGAUCAUAUCCUUGGACUGCCAGUAGGUCAGCACGUGUAUCUCUCUGCAAGGGUGAAUGGCAGCCUGGUGGUCAGAGCCUACACGCCAGUCUCCAGUGAUGACCAGCAAGGAUAUGUAGACCUUGUUGUCAAGGUGUACUAUAAGAACACUCACGCCUCGUUCCCAGAGGGAGGGAAAAUGUCUCAGUACCUGGACAGCAUGGCUAUUGGAGACGCAAUUGACUUUAGGGGCCCUAAUGGACUGCUGGUGUAUCGGGGCAAGGGCCAGUUUUCCAUCCGACCAGACAAGAAGUCAGAACCAAGGAAUUUGAAGUUCAAACAUAUUGGCAUGAUUGCUGGAGGAACAGGUAUCACACCAAUGUUGCAGUUAAUUCGGACAAUCACAGCAGACCCCAGUGACAACACGAUGUGCCAUCUCAUUUUUGCCAACCAGACAGAGAAAGAUAUUCUACUCAGGGAGGAGCUCCACGAGGUGGAGAAGAGCCAUCCUGAAAAGCUGAAGCUCUGGUUUACGCUGGACAAACCUAGUGAGGGUUGGAAGUACAGUUCCGGGUUUGUGACUGCAACUAUGAUCCAGGCUCACCUCCCACCUGCAUCCUCAGAUGUUCUUGUUGUUUUGUGUGGUCCUCCACCAAUGAUCCAGUAUGCGUGUCUGCCAAAUCUGGAGAAGCUGGGAUACAAAUCAGAACACAUCUUUGCAUACUGAUAUUGAAAUUAUAACAAUCGUCCCUGUAACUAUGCCGGGUGUUCUUUAACACUUUCAAAUUGCAAUAAAGUUUUUGUUCCCAUCUUCUAAAAUGUGAGUGUGUCUAACAAUGAUGUCUCAGUGCUUAGUGCCACAUAGACAAUACUGUAACUUUGCUUAUGCAUUGUAUAAAAUUACAGUCCGAGUACACAGCCUACCUAUGACGACCAGCAGUCACCUGAAGCACUGUGAAGACUAGCACAUAGCAACCGACUGGCUAAUUUCUUUGUUGUUGCCGGUGUGUUUUUACAGCCACAUGCUGUAUAGAAAGAAUUAACUUGAUUUGGAUUAUGUAGGCUAUGGCAAUGUACACUAUAUGAACUAAACUGGAUUUGAUUUUCAUCAAUCGUGUGAAAAAGUUAAACGGCAGUAGUCCAGGAAUGUGACGUUUACUGUUGGAUUGGAAAAUGUUCGACGGAACCUGAAUGCAUCACCGCUUAGUGGGCGUGUCCAUCUGAGCCAACAUGUCGCCUGAGAAGUAAAAGUUUUCUGUCAA